AGAAAGUGGCUCAAACGUUACCUCGGGCAAAGUUUGCAGUGUUUGGCCAUGGCGCAAAUGUCAUCGAUGCGUCGACCUGCCUUGCUGCCAGCCGCAGUCGCGGUGUGCACCUUGCUGGCAGCAGGCCGGCUAGCCACCGAGGUCUUGUCAUUCACCGCGCCAGUCCAACCGGUUCUGAGAUCGUCACCAGCAACUCGCAUCCCUCGUGCUGCUUCGAUGCGUGACAGCCGAAGGGAAUAAGGUCCGAGAGCCCAAAACCUUUGACGCAUCAGAUGCCUCCAGCGUCACCGGCAGCGUCACCGUGGAGUACAAGAAGCGUCCUUUCGGAGUCUUGGCUUAUGCCCCCAGCACCUCCGGUAAAGGCGCCAUGAUCUGGAAGAUGAAUGAGGGCUCAAGGUAUCCUGGUGACCCCCAGGGCCAGGCAUUUGUGGGUGGUGCCAAGCAGUUUAUGGCAGUGAAGAAAGUGGCCGGAGUUGAUGUGAGCACCUGGGACUUCUGGGAUAUCAUGGACCUGCUCGAUGACAAGAUCUUGGACAAUUCAGCAGGCAUUUUUCAAUCAAGCGGCAGUGGCAGCAUGGGCAACAAGCCUGCUGAGCUUCCCGUCUCCAUUGAGUAUGCCGUGCUCAAAGAUGCUGCUGCUGGAGCUCCAGUUCCUUCUCAUGGAGAGACCAGCCCGGGAAUCGACCGAUCAGACGAUCGCUUCAAGGAUUUGCCCAGAGAUGCCACCAUCAAGGAGUACAAGAUCCCAGUGGCCCCGGCGAACUACCAGAGUCAAGUCGUUGAGACCUUGCGAGGUGCAGUGGCUUCCAUGCCGGAACCUGUUGGCCACAAUGGGCCCCGCUACAUGGGCCCAUCCUCGUUGAACGAAGCCUCCAUUCGACAGAUGGUGCAGAGCUUUAAGAAUGGCCAGCUCUUGCCCAUGAAGGAUGCUUACAAGCUGGCAAUUGAUGCCUUUGACAUCCUGGUGAAGGAAAAGACCCUUGGAAGGAUCAACGUGCCUGUGGGAAAGAAGGUCACUGUGGUGGGCGAUCUUCAUGGCCAGCUCUUCGACUUUGAUCACAUGUUGAGCCUCGCAGGUUUCCCUUCAGCUGACAAUCAGUUUUUGUUCAAUGGUGACUUCGUAGAUCGCGGACCGUGGAGUGUCGAGGUCAUGUUCACCAUUCUGGCCUUCAAGGUUUGGCAACCCAACGGUGUUGGCAUGAACCGUGGCAAUCAUGAGGCUGAAAUGGCAAACCAUUUCUAUGGCUUCUUUGGAGAGCUCGAGGUGAAGUACGAAAAGCGUAUGACAGAUUUGUUUGCUGAGAUCUUCCGAGCCACACCAUUGUGCCACGUCAUCAACAAUGAGAUCUUUGUUGUGCAUGGAGGCAUCCCAGGACCUGAUCCUCGAGUGUGGUGGAAGGGCAUGGACAAUCAGAUCAGCUUCGAUGGUCGUCAGCUUCAGAUUAGCUUGUCAGAGAUUGAGAACUCCAACCGCUUCAUGGAGCCAAACCCUGAUGAGAAUCCGCUCAUGGUUGACCUCCUUUGGUCAGACCCCAAGGGCAAAGACGGUUACGGGCCAUCCGGCCGAAUGUCUUCCGGUAUCUACUUGUUUGGUCCAGAUGUCUCAAAGAACUUCAUGGAGUACAACGGUCUCAGAAUGACACUCCGCUCCCACGAAGUGAAGGCUCAGGGCUACAGAUAUGAUCACGAAGGUCAGUAUCCCUUGAUCACAGUCUUCUCAGCCCCCAAUUACGUGGACAAAGCUGGCAACAUGGCUUCUGUGGCAGUGCUCACUAAUGACGGCACCAAAAUGGCUGGCCCGGAGUUUGUUCAGUAUUCUGCGCAGCCACAUCCUGACGUGCCAUCUGGCGCAUAUGCUGUGGGCGGCCCACUCCACCCUGAGAAUCAGCCAGCUAGAUGAAGCAGAUGACAUAAAGAUCUCAGUUAAUUAAUUCAGAGUACAGCGCGCAUGCUCUUGGCAUGACUUGCUACAUGGUAAGCCUUCCCUUGAGGCCCCAUACUACAAAUUGCACGCUUUAAGACGUUUUUCCCAGCUAGUAACCACAGCGAUUUUCAUUUCAGACCAUGCCUGACCAGCCUUAGCAGAAGAAAAA